CAAUCGCAGUAGUCAUCACGGACUACUGCGUCCCGUCACUAAUCGUGCACAAAACAUUCAGCGCGUGACAAGCGGCGUUGUUUUCGGCAACAAUAUGUUUUAUCACAUCUCCCUGGACCACGAAAUCCUGCUGCAUCCGAAGUACUUCGGUCCUCAGCUCGUUGAAACCGUGAAGCAGAAGCUGUACGCCGAAGUGGAGGGGACUUGCACGGGAAAGUACGGCUUCGUCGUGGCCGUGACCACUAUCGACAACAUUGGCGGAGGCCUGAUCCAGCCUGGCAGGGGUUUUGUCGUGUAUCCCGUCCGGUACAAGGCCAUCGUCUUCAGGCCCUUCAAGGGAGAAGUCCUGGACGCCGUAGUCACGCAAGUCAACAAGGUCGGCCUGUUCACCGAGAUCGGUCCGCUCUCCUGUUUCAUCUCAAGGCAUUCUAUCCCAUCGGACAUGCAGUUUGAUCCAAACUCCAACCCACCGUGCUACAGGACGCAAGAUGAGGACAUCAUCAUCCAGCAGGACGACGAGAUCAGGCUGAAGAUUGUGGGCACGAGAGUAGAUGCGUCAGACAUCUUUGCCAUCGGCACACUAAUGGACGACUACCUCGGCCUGAGCUGAACCUGUGGCCCGCUGUUCUUCAUGUUUCAUCGCAGUCACCCCUCAUGGUUUCGCCCUGUGCUGAGGAAAUACGGAGUCAUCAUUCUCUGCAUGUUACGUUUUUGAAAAGUGCCAAUUCGGGAUUGUCGUUCAGGAGCAUGGAAUUUGAAUGCAGAAAUCGUGUGUUGAUGGUUAUUUUUCUUGAUUUAUAUUCCUUGUGCAUUUCUAAGAAAGGUUCCAUGUCAGGGUCAAGCUGUCAUGAAAAGCUUGCAUUGACGUAUUGUGGAAUUUUAAAUUAUGGGUUUAAUCAUUUCUCGCCAUUUAUUGUUGAACUUAAGUCCUGUUGUACAGAUAAUGAAAUAAAAAAAUUUGUUGUGCUUAAA